AUGGGUGAACCCUCCAAAGCAGAUGACCGCCUUAUUGUCUGGUUCGACAUCGACAACACCUUGUAUUCGGCGAGUUCCAAUAUUUCUCAUGCGAUGGGGACACGGAUCCAAGCCUACUUCUUGAGCCUUGGCCUCGAUCCGCAAGAAGCAUCCGAGUUGCAUCUGAAGUACUACACGCACUGGAAUGUGGGCUUAGAUCCUCUAGAUUUUGAUCGCAAAUGCGAUGGCUCUCUCCCCUUAGAGGACAUGAUAUCUUAUGACCCAAGCCUCCGCCAACUCUUCGAAGACAUAGACAGGACAAAGGCGCGUGUUUGGGCCCUGACGAAUGCAUAUCGCACGCACGCCGAACGAGUCCUUCGCAUCUUGAAGCUGGACGAUCUCGUUGAUGGCCUCGUGUACUGCGAUUACCUCGUCAAGGAUUUUUCUUGCAAACCUGAGCCUGUAUUUUAUGAAAUGGCUAUGAAACAGGCUGGCGUCACGGACCCUUCGAAAUGCUACUUCGUGGAUGACAAUCGAAAGAAUGUUGAUGCCGCAUGCUCGGUUGGAUGGGGACAUUGCGUUCACUUCUGCGAAAAGGGUCUGGAGGCAAUGGAAGGAGGGAGGAUCAAGCAGAUAGACGACGAGCGGGAGCCAGACGCGUCGGACAAUAAUGUUGUUGAUGUGACCACUCUUCAAGAACUGCGGGAAGUCUGGUCGGAGAUUUUCAAGGCAUUUUGA